CAAGUUUCUCAAAUUUUCCUUUCAAUUCUAAAAUUCCUCUUCCUUCAACUCUCUCCAAAUUCAUAUAUACUCCUACUUUUAUUCAAGAACCUAGUACGUACCCUAUAGAAAUUGAAAAAAGAAAUGGAGAUUGAUGAAAAUAUGUUGGUAAAAGUAGGUCUAUUUGUUUUGGUCCAAGCUUUAGUUUAUUUGAUUCUAUCUAAGUCUUCAAACGUAUUUUCCAAGACACAAAGAUCAUACAGCUUCAAAACGGCUCGUUCAGUCAGCAUUCGCCGGAUCGCCGCCUCACUCGCUGACUUACCUGCCGGUGGUGAACCAUCUCCUACUUCAAAGGACUUGACAUCUUCAAAUUCUUUCAAGUUAUUCCAAGACAACUAGUUUUUAAUGGUCUCAAAUAUUAAUAUGGCCUCGAUGUUAUUUUAUGUUUAAUUUUGUGUGCUUAUAAUAUUAGAUAUUCUUUGAUUUGUUGUUGGACAUAGUUAAACCAGAUUAUUUGGUGUGAAUUUGAUAUUGGGUUUUUUUUUUCCUUUUACCUCGUACGUGUAGGUUACAAAAUUCGUUGUAUGUUGUAAAUAUUUUAAUUAAUUGAAGGUUUAAAUAGAUAUCUGUUAAACCUAUAUACUGUA